AUGAACAUGAAUGGUCAACAACAGGAGCCUGAGAAGACGCCUCUUGAGCAGUUUGGUACGAAUCUGACCAAGCUGGCUGAACAGGGUAAGCUGGAUCCGGUUAUUGGGAGGGAUCAGGAGAUUCAAAGGGCAAUCCAGAUCCUUUCAAGAAGAACAAAGAACAAUCCUGUGCUGAUUGGCCGUGCUGGUGUCGGUAAGACGAGUUUGAUUGACGGUCUGGCUCAGCGUAUAGUGAAAGGCGAGGUUCCAGAGAGUUUGAAGAACAAACAACUUGUCGCGUUGGAUCUUGGUGCCUUGAUUGCCGGUGCCAAAUUUAGAGGUGAGUUCGAGGAGAGAUUGAAGUCAGUGCUCGAGGAGAUUGACAAGGCUAACGGUGAGAUCAUCAUCUUCAUCGAUGAAGUCCAUAUGCUUCUUGGACUGGGUAAAACUGAUGGUUCAAUGGAUGCCUCCAACAUCUUGAAGCCAAAAUUGGCUAGAGGGCUGAGAUGUAUCUCGGCAACAACUUUAGAUGAGUUCAAGAUCAUUGAAAAGGAUCCUGCUCUGACGAGAAGAUUCCAGCCAAUUAUGCUCAAUGAACCUUCGGUUGCUGAUACUAUCAGUAUUUUGAGAGGUUUGAAAGAGAAAUAUGAGGUCCAUCAUGGUGUUAGAAUCACAGAUGGUGCAUUGGUGUCUGCAGCUUCUCUGUCGAACCGUUACAUCACUGAUAGAUUCCUUCCUGACAAGGCGAUUGACCUUGUUGAUGAGGCAUGUGCGGUGUUGAGAUUGCAACACGAAUCCAAGCCUGAUUCUAUCCAGGCUUUGGAUAGAUCUAUCAUGACUAUUGAGAUUGAACUUGAAUCCCUAAAGAAGGAAACCGACCCUCUUUCAGUGGAGAGACGUGACAAGCUUAAUGAGGAGCUGAAGUUGAAAAAUGAUGAGCUCUUUAGAUUGACCGAAGUUUGGGAGAAGGAAAAGGCUGAGAUCAACGCCAUCAAGAACGCCAAGAAGGACCUUGAACAGGCUAAAGUGGAUUUGGAGAUUGCUCAAAGAGAGGGAAACUAUGCAAAAGCAUCCGAGUUGAGAUAUGCAAAGAUCCCAGAUUUACAAGAGAAAGUGAAGAUUGGCGAAGAAGCUGAAACUUCAAAGACAGAUUCUUUGCUCCAUGAAUCCGUCACUUCCGAUGACAUCUCCAAGGUUAUCUCGAAGAUGACUGGUAUCCCAACAGAUACAGUCCUAAAGGGCGAUAAAGAUCGUUUGCUUUACAUGGAGGAUUCUUUGAAGAAAAGAGUUGUGGGACAAGACGAAGCCAUCCAUGCGAUCUCAGAUGCAGUGAGAUUGCAAAGAGCCGGGUUGACAAGUGACAAGAGACCAAUUGCUAGUUUCAUGUUCCUUGGUCCAACUGGUACAGGUAAGACUGAAUUGACAAAGUCACUGGCUGAAUUCUUGUUUGAUGACUCUAAUAAUGUCAUUAGAUUUGAUAUGUCGGAGUUCCAAGAGAAGCACACUGUAUCUAGAUUAAUCGGUGCUCCACCUGGUUAUGUUAUGAGUGAAAGUGGUGGUCAAUUGACGGAAGCUGUUAGAAGAAAGCCAUACUCGGUUGUUCUUUUCGAUGAGUUUGAAAAGGCACAUCCAGAUGUAUGCAAGGUGCUCUUACAAGUUCUUGAUGAAGGUAAAUUGACUGAUUCUCAAGGACAUGCUGUUGACUUCAAGAACACAAUCGUUGUAAUGACUUCUAACAUUGGCCAAGAUAUCCUGUUACAUGAUACUGAGAUUUCCAAUGACACUGGAAAAGUGUCUGCCGAGACAAAGACUAAGGUUAUCGAUGCUAUGAAGAGGCUAUAUCCACCUGAGUUCAUCAACCGUAUUGAUGAUAUCCUUGUUUUCAACAGAUUGUCCAAAGAAGUUCUUCGUAGUAUUGUGGACAUCAGACUUGAAGAAGUUCAAGAAAGACUGGUUGAUAAGAGAAUCACAUUGAACUUGACGGACGCUGCAAAGGAUUGGCUAACAGAGAAUGGUUAUGACAGCUUGUACGGUGCCAGACCUUUGAACAGAUUGAUUCAAAAGAGAUUGUUGAAUCCAAUGGCUAUCUACAUGCUGAAAGGUCAGAUCAGAAACAACGAGACUGUAACCGUUGAUGUUAAAGACGGUGAGUUGGACAUCAUACCUAAUCGUACCGAGUCAGAGGCGAAUGAGUCAGCCGACACAUCUUCUGCGGAAGAGAAGAAACCUUCUUCUAAAAAGGCUGAGAUCAUUGACGAUGGUAACGAAACAGUCUAA